AUGAGAGACUUGGUUGUUUUGGGGGGUCUCAGUCACCCCGAUUUGACUAAAGCUAUUUGUCGUAGCUUGGUGAUAGAACAAGGACAAGUUCUCAGCAACAAGUUUUCCAAUGGAGAGACAUCAAUUGAAAUCAAGAACUCUGUUAGAGAAAAGGAUGUAUUUAUUGUGCAAAGUGGUUGUGGUCAUGUGAAUGAUAAUUUCAUUGAAUUGCUUAUUAUGAUUGCAGCUUGCAAAACUGCAUCGGCUCGUCGUGUCACUGCUGUUCUACCAUUCUUUCCUUAUUCCAGACAAGCAGAUGUUCCUUAUAAGUCUGGAGGGAAUGGAGCUCCCUCCAUUUCUACCAAGAAAGAACUGUAUACUUUUGAACUGGCUCCGGGAACUCCCAGACCUUUAGGAGGAAGUUCCGGACAAGGAAUUGGAUUAAACGAGAUAGCUACUUCUCCCUUGGCAUUAAAUCCUGUUGCCUUUCCCAAUAGUGACUCUCUUAAAGAGAGAGCUGCUCUUAAUAGUUUCUCAUUGAAACAACCUAUCCCUACACUCCCUAAUGAAGAACCAUCCAGUGGAAGAUCAAGUUUAUCUACUACACCAGUGUCUUCGCAACCUGCUCCCACCCAAGUUGGUGCACCAAUCGGAACAGGCCACUUGAAUGCUGCUUAUACCAAUUCCAAUAUCUUUGAACAACUUGAUCUGAAUGGAAAAUCCGAAUCGGGUUACAAGCAAUGGAUAGCACAGAAUGGGACUUUGAUUGCCAAUCUUCUUGUUGGAGCUGGAGCCGAUAGAUGUAUUACAAUGGACUUACAUGAUCCUCAAUUUCAAGGUUUUUUCAACGUUCCAGUGGACAAUUUGUAUCUGAAACCUUUACUCAAGAAAUACAUCACUCAAUAUAUCCCCAAUUACCAAGACUGUGUGAUUGUGUCUCCUGAUAGUGGUGGAGCAAAGAGAGCUACUUCGAUUGCAGAUUCAUUGGGAUGUUCCUUUGCUUUGAUUCAUAAGGAAAGAAGAGCCAAAGUGUUUAAGGGAACUACAUCAACACACGGCAACAAUCACCCAACGUAUAAUUCCAAUGUUGCAAACAUAGCGAGUGCCAGUGGCUUGAGUUUGAGUUCCAGUAUCAACAGCUCUAACCAUAACCAUCACCAACAUCAUAGCCAUCAUCAUCAUCAGCAUCACAGUGGCAGUGAAAGCAUUGGUGGACACAGUGUGGUAGCAACAACCAUGUUGGUUGGUGAUGUAAAGGACAAGGUUUGUGUUUUAGUUGAUGAUUUGGUGGACACUUCGUAUACUAUAACCCGUGCUGCUAAGUUAUUGAAAGACCAAGGAGCCAAAUAUGUGUUUGCUUUAGUCACCCAUGGUGUUUUCAGUGGAGAUGCCAUCAACCGGAUUAAUAAAUCAGCCAUUGAUAAGUUAAUUACCACCAAUAGUGUGCCUCAGAUUGAACAUAUUGAGCAAUUGGGUGAUAAGAUUCAAGUGUUGGAUGUCAGUCGGAUAUUUGCCGAAUCAAUUAGAAGAAUCCACAAUGGAGAAAGUGUAUCGAUGUUGUUUGAUUAUGGAUACUAA